UCCCCUUUACCGGACAGUGGCUGGGACCUGUUGGACGGUGUUUCUGCGCACUGCCUGCAGUGAGUUCUACCGUCUGGCGCCCCCGACACACUAGCUAAGCAUCAAAGAACGAAUAGUCGCAAUGGCCGAUGCCGGACACUCUUACGGUAUGAUGGUGGGGAACGGGAGCUCUGUGAAUGGGACGGACGGCACGGUAGAUACGCUGCUGCUCGCAUCGGACAUCAUCACGAAAAUCGUCGCGCCCACGGUGUACAGCGUGGAGAGUGUGGCUGCGCUCCUGGGGAACGCGUUGGUGAUCUACAUGUUGCUGGGAUUCACCAAGAUGAAAGACGCUACGCACUACUACAUUCUGAACUUGGCCGUGGCUGACGCGCUCUUCAUGCUCGGGGUGCCCUUCAUCACAGUCUCCUCCGCCAUGGAGGGGUGGCCGUUCGGCAACGCCAUGUGCAAGAUCGUCCAGUCCAUGGACGCCAUGAACAUGUUUAACAGUGUGUUCAGUCUGGCCGUGUUGAGCGUGGACCGCUACCUGGCCAUCGUCCGUGCCACUAGCCACCCCCAUCUCCGCCAGCCGAAGGUAGCGGUCGCCGUCAGCCUGUCCGUGUGGGCUGCGUCCAUCCUGCUGAGUAUCCCCGUCAUGACGGCCAGCGACACCGUCACGUUGGAAGAUGGCACCGACAUCUGCAUCCUCAACUGGCCUGCCAACGAGGCUAUGUACUGGCACAAAGUCCUGACGAGCUACACCUUCGUAGUCGGCUUCAUCAUCCCGUUCACUGUGAUCAGCGUGUCCUACCUGCUGGUCGUCCGGCAUCUGAAACUCACCACGUCGGAACAUGAAGCAGUGGCCCGGGUCUCGGCCGGGAUGCGGACCAAAGUGACCAAAACGGUCACCGCCAUGACCGUGACGUUCGCAGCCUGCUGGCUGCCUUUCCACAUGUGCCAGAUGAUCCUUCUGGCCACAGAGCAACAAGUGACACUAUGGACGCUAGUCGUGUUUCACCUGGCGGUGUUCAUGUCGUACGCGAACAGUUGCAUCAACCCCAUCCUCUACGUCUUCAUGAGCCAGAAGUUUCGCAAGAGUUUUCGGGCCGCGCUUCGUCUCAGCUGGAGAGGGAACGCCGACCGCCGGGGCGCGAGACAGAGGUUACCGUACGUCCACCAGGGGGACGGCAUCACGCCCAGCCGGCUGGACAUGAACGGGAUCUUCGAGGAAGAAAAACGUGAGGUAAACCUUGCAAUACUCUCCAACUCAGUCCCCCGCGGAGAUGUAUACCUACGUGAAACUAUGGUUUAG